AUGGCUCCUCAUCGAGUUGCGGGCGCAGCGACCGUCUCGCCGUACGUGUAUGAUGCUCGUCAGGAGCGGGCCACGUCUGGCCAAACGCUGGUCCAUGCAUCCAGUCCAGUCUCAGGAGGGGCAGGCGCCGUGACGUCUGCUACCGCUGCUACGAAUGUCAAUGAAAACGCGGAUCGUGGGGCUCCUCAUGGGAAAGGGAAAAAGCCCAAGGCGAAGCCAAGGGCGGAGAGACCUCCUAGGCAGGAAGAAGAAAUGAGAUUCAAUACUGGGCCUAGAAGUUUGCGCCCUCCGCCGGCAAGUAGAGGGGUCCGCAGAGGGUUUCGUAUACCAGGAAGGACGUACCCUGAAGAUCAGAAUGGAAUACCUGAUUACCCUCCGCCUUCGUUUCAGGAGGCAAUGACUACGCCCCCAGUUUCUGUAUGCUCUAGUACGACGUCGCUGCCACUGGCGCCCACACUGCCGUUGAUUAUUCCCGCUAACAUACCAGAAGAACCACAAGUAUCGAUUGUCCAGCCCGUUGAGGAACCGCGAGAAUCGAUUGAUCAACCCGUAGCGCAAGUGGUCACGACUGACCCACAGGGUGCCGAUAACGACGUGGAUUUUGAAGGCGAGAUGUUUAUUAUCGAUCGAAAUUCGGUUCCUGUCUGUUCUACCGACCUCCCGAGUGGUGCUGCAUUGGAGGAACGAGUAAAGAGCGACUGGCUCAAGCGCCGAGGAACGGAGUUUCCAAAUAAAUCAUCGGCCUUGAUGAACCAUUCCUCUGCGAGUAAACCUCUAAGUGAUGGGAUUAAUGCCCUCACACGGGGACGAUCUGCUAAAAAGCUUUUGACGCCUUUGCUUAUCGACCCAGACCCAAAGAAUGAUGACUUUGGGCCGAUUCCCGUCAGUCCUAAGCGACGUUUUUUGUCGCUCUCCCCAUUAAAGACGAUAUUUCCUCCACGUUCGCCGGUUCACGAAGAUCGCGCAACUUUGUCUGCGCACCCUUCGCCAACAUCACCAUACCAUACUUCCCGCUCCAUUUUCUUCCGAAGCUCAUCAUCGUUGGCGACCGCAUCUUUCCUUCGGUUGCCACUUCUAUCACCGCCGCCGCCGCACACCGGAAAAAGAGAACCUUUAUCGCGAAGAAUUUUCAGAAGAGAUCGCAGCAAGCAGAACUCAGAUGGUCUACACCAGAAUGCGGAACCAAUUGAAACUUGGGAAGUUGUCGAGGAAGAAACAUAUGCUGGAGUCGAUGAAUUGGGGAAUGAAACUGUUAUUCAUCCUCGCAGCUUGUUGUCAGCGAUUGAGUCAAUCCAACAACAUUCCAAUGGCAAUGGCGAUACUUCUCCAACGAAGAGCGUGAGCUUUUCAUUAGGGACACCAUACAUGUCUGAUGCCUCUAGGGCAAAGAGAUCGCUAAUGGUACCAGAGUCCUCAGAGGAAGAACGGCGUACGCUGAGAAUACCAUCGCCACAGGCUUCCCAGGAAACAUUCCUGAGAGAUUGGAAAGGGUCAUCUCAACUUUUCCUUGAUCGUUCUGUACAUCGAAACCGAUCCCCGACACCUGGUGCUUCCGAAUCUACGCACAGGAGCCCUACAUUCCUGGCCUCUGAAUCCACAACUUCCCUGAACUCGGGCCCGCCAUUGGUGUCUGUACGCGUCCGCGCCGUGUCUCCAUCUCCUGCGCCUUCACUCACGGUGUUGAAGCACGUCGCACAGGUUGCGCAUCCUUCUCCUCUACGAUUGGGUACAAACACUACUCAUAGCCUCGUGGGGGAUCAGUCAGCUGCCGAAGCAGCUAUGUACCAGAAGGCUUUAGACACACCACUUCCAAUGACUCCCACUCUCUACCAUCAGUUUGAUCUUGACGGCUCUGUCGCUGCAUUCAACGACGAAGACAUCUUGUCAGACCUGCCUGUGCUCUCGGCCGGCACCUCGCCAAGAUUGCUGACAAACCCGAUCUCCGAAGACCAUCAUCGCAUUGCACCCGCACUCACCGCUGCACCUGCAACUACGACGUCAAGGAUGGCUACACCACCGCCUCCUUCUGGACCUUCUACGAUGUCAGUUACUACAGAAGUGGUAAAGUCGAACUCGUUGGAGGAACCUAUCACUCCAUCACGGCACCACUACGCUGGCCGACCACUUCCGCGCCCGCCGCCGAGUGCGUCUGUUCCUACUAACACGAACCGUGUUCAUGUUGUCGAUUCGGUAUACGCGUCCUCGGACCCGACUUUGACGCUUAGAAAUAACCCGCUUAGCACCUGUCCGGAGGGUCUUUUGAUUGACUUGGAGGAUACGACGUUAGACACCAUUCCAGCGAGCCGUUCUUCGACGCCUUUAUCGUCUGAGAGGUAUACAUCCCAGCCGCACCUCCCAUUGGCUCAAGUACAGGCUCAGGCUUCCUCAUCCUCAGUUAAUCUUAUGAGGGAUCCAAGGAUGCUGAACAUCAGCUCCUCAAGAAGCCCCUUGUCAGGAUCGCGUCAUUCCCCUGGCGCUGCUAUUCAGCAGAACAGCAGCGCCCCGAAUAAUGUACUUUCAGACCUGACAGAUUUGGAUUUGUUGGUUUCCAGACUGGCAGAUGCAGAUCCAAACGGUACUGAUUAUGAUGUGAGUUCUGGUCACCACGGGUGGAACGGUACGCGCCUCAAACAGCCCCCAGACGCUUCUCCUGCUUUCCGAGAUAAUUGGGCCAGCCAGUACAGAUUUGACCUCGACGACGACCUCGAACCCGAACUCGAACCUGUCAUUGAACCCGAAUUCGAGCCCGAACCACAGCGGUGCAACCGACAACCGUACAACACCUACGAUCACAUCCAGCAACAACGCGACUUCGUCCACUCCGAUCUGCACCCCCCGGCACCCCAGCGACAAUAUCUCGCUCAUCGCGCGUAUUGA